GGAGCUCCGCCUUUUUGCGCUGCCUUCUCCUCCCACCUCCUUUUCUCCGCGUCCAACAUGGCGGAACCGAGCGGCCUGAGUGACGAGGCUGCUUAUGGAGUUUGCUCGGAACCGGAUCCCAGCACGAAGGAUUUUAUGUUUCAGCAGACAAUGUUAAGAGUAAAGGAUCCUAAGAAGUCAUUGGAUUUCUAUACAAGAGUUCUUGGAAUGACGCUGCUUCAAAAAUUUGACUUUCCUCCUAUGAAGUUCUCGCUGUAUUUCCUGGGUUAUGAAGAUAAAAAUGAUAUUCCAAAAGAUAAAGCUGAGAGAACACCUUGGACCUUCUCCAGAAAAGCUACGCUUGAAUUGACACACAACUGGGGCACUGAAAAUGAUGAAAAGCAGUCCUAUCAUAAUGGCAAUUCAGAUCCCCGAGGAUUUGGGCACAUUGGAAUUGCUGUCCCUGAUGUUUAUAAAGCUUGUAAAAGGUUCGAAGAACUAGGAGUGAAAUUUGUGAAGAAACCAGAUGAUGGUAAAAUGAAAGGACUUGCAUUUGUCCAGGAUCCUGAUGGCUACUGGAUUGAAAUUUUGAAUCCUAAACAUAUGGUGACUCUCACUUAGAUCUAAGGAAAUAUACUGUAUAAGAAAUACAAACUUUCAGUUCUCUGGAUAAAAUCUAUAGCAGUGUUUGUAAAAUUAUUGCUUAAUGGAGAGGAAUCAAUCACGUUCAGAUUUUCUUCUGAAGUUAUCCUGUUCUCCUGUGAUGCCACUGCAAUUUGCUUCUGAUUAGGAAUCCUUACCCAUCUUUUUAAGAGCACAAAUAUGUACUCUGCCCUUGAACAGAUUCUACCAAUAUUUCACUAAUCUCUCUAAGGUAUGUGACCUGAAGUUUACUUUAUUUCACACUAUGUAACAUAAGCUAACAAACAAAAAAUCCUGAAUUUUUGAAUCAUGAAGCUCAUGAGCUUCAGCGAGGAGCAUAUGGGUUUUUUGUGUUGUUUUUUUUUUUUUCAAUGAAGUCAAAGAUACCCUGAAGUCUUUGUGCACCUCCCUGUAUACUAGAAAAUAAAAUAUCAAGACUUGAGUAGCA